AUGACCACCGAAUAUGGAACUCAAGCCGGAUCUGAAGCUGGAGCAAGUGGAGGAGAAAUUCCGUUGUCCGUUGUGAUGCAGCAAAUGGCCGAGCAAAACAGCCGUUUGAUGAAGUUACUGGAACAGUUCACCGGUAACCAAGCAACGUCAACACAGCAAAACGCUCCAGAGAAAAUUCUCGAAUCCCUUGCGACCAACCUUAAGGAGUUUCACUUCGAUCCGGAGAACGGGUUGACUUUCGAUCGCUGGUUUUCUAAGUACGAGGAUCUAUUCAGGCAGGAUGGCAGAAGCUUGGACGAUGCCGCGAAGGUUAGACUUUUGCUGCGGAGUCUCAGUGUUCAGGUGCUCGAGAAAUUCCUCAACUACCUGCUGCCGUCCCACCCACGCGAUUUCACCUUCGACGAAGUUGUAGACGAGAUGAAGCAGAUUUUUGGUCAGCAUAAAUCUCUGUUCAGCAAGCGCUACGACUGCCUCAAUAUUGAGAAGAACGAAGCCGACGAUUUCGUAACGUAUGCUGGAAUCGUCAACCGUCAAUGUGAGGAUUUUGAACUUCAGAAGCUCACCGUGGAUCAGUUCAAGAGCUUGGUGUUCAUCUGCGGUUUCAAGUCAUCGAAGGACACCGACGUCAGGACCCGACUUCUGUCGAAGCUCGAGUCCGAUCAAGCUGAAACCAUCAACCUGGCAGGACUGGUCACCGAGUGCCAACGACUGUCGAAUCUUAAACACGACACGGCGUUGGUCGAGAAGAAACCGACAUCUUCAGCGGUCCAGGCAGUUCGGCAGUCAAAGAAGCAGCCGAACAACCAGAUGAAGUCAUCAGCAGACAUCAAGACACCUCCAUCACCAUGUUGGCAAUGCGGCGCAAUGCAUUUUGUGAAGGACUGCACAUUUUCGAAGCACACCUGCAAACAAUGCGGGAAAGUGGGCCACAAAGACGGCUACUGUGGUUGUUUUUCCAAGUCAUCGACUACGGAGUCGAAAGCUGGUUCCAAGAAGAAGAAGCCUUUCAACACGAAGGUUAUUCAAAUCGUGAAGCAGGUUCGUAGCCGUAGAAGGUUCAUCACCGUCAAUUUCAACGGAAAAUCGGCCGAGCUCCAAUUGGACUGUGGUUCCGACAUCACCGUUAUCAGCACACACACGUGGAAAAUGAUUGGCUCACCGUCAUCAACGGUGACUAGCGUAGAAGCAUCAACGGCAUCUGGGGAACCACUCGAAUUAGUUGGUGAAUUCACGUGCCCGGUUACUAUCGGGAAAACUACGAUGGCAUCGGUCUGCUACAUCACAUCAGUUGAAGAUCUGAACGUCAUCGGACUGGACUGGUUGGACGCGUUUGACUUAUGGUCGAAGCCACUUGCUGCCAACUGCAAACAGGUGAAUCUUUCCAAUUUUUCACCUUCCUCUGAUCAGCACUUCCUUAAGCAAUAUCCUGAAGUUUUUCAGGAUGGUUUGGGCCACUGCAUGAAGACGAAAAUUUCACUGUCUCUGAAGCCGGAUGCUCAACCCGUUUUCCGACCAAAGCGACCGGUGCCUUUUCAUGCCAUCCAAAAGGUAGAAGAGGAGCUGGAUCGACUCGAGCGGUUGGACAUCAUCUCUCCGGUCGAUUUUUCGGACUGGGCAGCACCCAUCGUCGUUGUCAAGAAACCGGGGGGAAAAGUGCGUGUAUGUGCCGAUUACUCGACUGGGCUCAACGCAGCACUGGAGACCAACAACCACCCUCUUCCUACCCCGGAGGAGAUCUUCAGCAAGCUAUCCGGCAGUCAAGUCUUCAGCAUCAUCGACCUGUCGGAUGCCUACCUUCAGGUGGAGGUCGAUGACGAAUCCAAGAAGCUGUUGACGAUUAACACCCACCGUGGGUUAUUCCGUUUCAACCGAUUGGCUCCAGGGGUCAAGUCAGCACCCGGUGCAUUCCAGCAGCUAAUGGCGAAAAUGGUUUCGGGUCUACGUGGUGUGGAAGUUUUCCUCGACGAUAUUCUGGUGCACAGCAAGACUCUCGUGGAUCAUAACCGAAUCAUCCACAUGCUUUUCAACCGUCUUCGUGACUAUGGAUUCCGUCUACGUGUGGAGAAGUGCCGAUUCCACCAGGAUCAAAUCAAGUACCUUGGACAUAUCGUUUCUGCUAAAGGUAUCCAACCCGAUCCAGCCAAGAUUGCAGCCAUUUCGGAAAUGCCCGCACCAACCGACGUUCCCACCUUGCGCUCGUUCUUGGGUGCAGUCAACUUUUACGGCAAAUUCGUCCGCGAGAUGCACCAACUACGCCAUCCGUUAGACAACCUUCUGAAAAAGGAUACGAAGUUCGAUUGGAGUAAGGAGUGUCAGCACGCUUUCCAAAACAUCAAAAAAGUGCUACAAUCUGGUCUGUUGCUCACCCACUACAAUCCAGAGCAAGAGAUUAUCGUGGCAGGAGAUGCGUCAAAAACUGGCAUUGGUGCAGUUAUUCUUCAUCGUUUUCCGAACGGCAUCAUCAAGGCUGUGUCACAUGCAUCGAGAUCGCUGACUGUAGCAGAGCAGAACUAUAGCCAAAUCGAAAAAGAAGCGUUGGCAUUGGUUUUUGCUUGCACGAAGUUCCAUCGUUUGCUGUGGGGUCGCCGGUUCACGCUUCAAACGGACCAUCAACCAUUGCUGAGAAUUUUCGGAUCCAAAAAGGGCAUUCCUGUACAUACCGCAAAUCGGCUCCAACGAUGGGCCCUGACACUUUUGGGAUACGAUUUCAACAUCGAAUACGUAUCAACUCAAGAUUUCGGUUACGCUGACGUACUUUCCCGGCUUAUCAACAACCAUCCGAAACCCGACGAAGAAGCAGUCAUCGCUAUGGUUCGAGUCGAAGAUGACGUUAGUUCCUGUUUCCAUGACUCUAUUCAAGAUCUUCCAGUCACCCACAAGAGCCUGAAGAUCGCCACUAAGAAGGAUGCCGUGCUCCAGAAGGUAAUUUCUUACACACAAGGUUCCUGGCCAUCACGGUGCGAAGGUAUCGAAGAUGUAGAAGUUCGAUCUUUCUUCAGCCGUCGAGAUUCCUACUCCGUAAUUGACGACUGUAUCAUGAUGGCGGAUCGAAUUGUAGUUCCCAAAAGCCUGCAGAAAAGGAUCCUCAAGCAAGUUCACCAAGGACAUCCUGGCAUCGAACGGGCAAAAGCUAUCGCUCGUGGAAUCGUUUUCUGACCGACAAUAGAUGAAGA